AUGGGGUGUCCAUACCAACAGUACUACGUAAAUCAAGCCGGUACUGGCAUUGGUACGAUUUAUAGGGGGUCACCGUAUCAAAGAGGUCAUGGGAUAGGGAGCUGGUUAGGUGGAGUGUUUCGUAGUAUUUUACCAUUGUUUAAAUCCGGAAUGCGUGCAGUUGGGAAAGAAGCUUUACGAACCGGUACGAAUGUACUAGGCGAUAUAAUCGAGGAUAAGCCUAUCAAGGAAGCGUUUCAAGAUCGAAUUCACGAAGCAGGAAGAAAUCUAAAACGCAAAGCCGAUGAAAAAAUUGAUACAUUGAUGCAAGGAUCUGGUUAUAAAACACCUCACAUACCCAAACUUGAUCAGUUUAAAAUUGCAAGUCAAUUCGUAAUCCCCGGAAGCGGGAAUGAUUAUUUGGAUUUAAGUCACACUAUGCUCUAUAUCACGGCAAGAAUUGUAAAACAAGAUGAUUCAAUAUUGGGUGUUGGAGAUGUUGUAGGUCCAGCCAACAAUUGGUUACACACGCUGUAUAGCCAGGUGGAGAUAUGUUUAAAUCAGAAAUUGGUGUCGCCACCUAAUAACACAUAUGCGUAUCGUGCAUAUAUUGAAACUUUGCUAAAUUAUGGUUUGGAAGCCAAAACAUCACAUCUGGGGUGUUCAUUGUGGCACAACGAUACACCAAAAAAAAUGGACACAUUAACAGCAGAUAACGUAGGUUUCACUAUACGUCAAGCCGCAGCAGCCGAGAGUAACAUGAUAGAGAUGAUUGGACAUGUCCAUGCCGAUUUGUUUAACCAAGAAAAAUUUCUCAUAAACGGUGUUGAAAUGAAAGUUAAAUUUGUGAGAUCCAGAGAUUCGUUUAACUUAAUGGCUGGUGCAGGUGCAACUUAUAAAGUAAAAAUUGUCGAUGCCAAUUUGCUGGUACGAAGAAUGAAGAUAAAUCCUACAAUUCUUCUCGCUCACACUAAAGCAUUAGAAACGUCCGCCGCAAAAUAUCCUAUUACUCGAACCGAUGUAAAAGUGUUAACAAUACCAACCGGAAUACAGCGUAAAUCUUUAGAUAACGUCUUCCUUGGACAGUUGCCAAAACGUUGCAUAAUCGGUUUUGUAUCCAAUAAAGCGUUUAAUGGCGAUUACGCGUCUAACCCUUUCAAUUUCCAAAACUACAAGAUUAAUUACAUGUCCCUGUACAUCGACGGACAGCAAAUUCCUUCAAAGCCGUUGCAACCUGAUUUCACACGGGCAGGAUUAUACGUACGGGCAUAUCAUACUUUAUUUUCGGGGACGGGUAUUCAUUUUUUGAAUGAAGGAAAUAACAUAUCGCGUUUAGAUUACCCUCACGGCUACUGUUUAACUACCUUUGACCUGACACCUGAUUUAUCCGCUAACGCCACAACACAUUGGAAUUUAGUUAGGAAUGGUUCAUUGCGCAUCGAAGUUGGAUUUCAAGAUGCGUUAACUGAAACAGUAAACUGCUUGGUAUAUGCGGAGUUCGACAAUGUCAUUGAAAUCGAUAAACACCGAAAUGUUAACGCAGUUAAAAGAGAAAUCUCAAAAUUGCGUACAUUGCAUAGUCUUACGCACAUCAAUAAGUUCGAAAAGCAGAAAAAUAAAUUAAGCUGA